GGAUCGGUGUUUCCCUCGAAACAACUAUCACUCGUUUCUGUCCAGUACCUCUCUUUUUUUUUUUCUGGAAAGCUGAUAGAGACAAUACUACUAAAGUUUUUUUGAGGAGUUUCCCUAAGGGUAAAUUCUUAAGAUGGCGAGCGAGGGAAGUAAGCUUUGGGGUGGGCGUUUUUCUGGUGAUGUUGAUCCAGAGAUGGAUAAAUUCAACGCCUCCAUUGGAUUUGAUAAAAGAAUGUGGAAAGAAGACAUUAGGGGAAGUGAAGCAUAUGUCAAAGCAAUAGAGAAAGUUGGCUUAGUCACCAAACUUGAAAUGGAAGAAAUCUUGAGUGGUUUAGACAAGGUCAAAGGUGAAUGGUUAAAUGGAAGCUUUGACCUUCAACCGUCAGACGAAGACAUCCAUACAGCAAAUGAGAGAAGAUUAAAGGAAAUUGUUGGAAGUGUUGGUGGUAAACUUCAUACUGGUAGGAGUAGAAAUGAUCAGGCUCAAGUGGAUGCAAGAUUGUGGCUUAAAACUGAGAUCAAGACUGUUCAAACCCUGUUGCUUGAGCUUAUUAAAGCCUUCAUAACAAGAGCUAAAGUAGAAAUUGACAUUCUGAUGCCGGGAUACACCCAUCUGCAGCGUGCUCAACCAAUAAGAUGGAGUCACUGGCUUUUGAGUUAUGCCUGGGCACUGAAGAGAGAUUAUGAUCGCCUUGAAGAAGUCUCUAAACGGGUUGAUGUCAACCCUCUCGGAAGUGGUGCCAUUGCAGGGAAUCCUUUCAAUAUUGACCGCCAGUUUCUCGCAAAAGAGUUAAAUUUCUCUGCUGUGACAGGGAACAGUAUGGAUGCAGUUGGGGACAGAGACUAUAUUGUAGAAUUUCUCUUCUGGGCCUCACUCUUGUCAACGCAUCUCAGUCGCUGGGCAGAGGAUAUGAUUCUUUACUCCACCAAAGAGUUUGGUUUCAUUUCAUUAUCAGAUGCUUACAGCACUGGGAGCAGUUUAAUGCCCCAAAAGAAAAAUGCAGACAGUUUAGAAUUAAUCCGAGGGAAAUCAGGACGAAUCUUUGGCCGAUGUGCAGGCGUGCAGAUGACCUUAAAGGGUAUCCCAAGUACUUACAACAAGGACUUACAGGAAGACAAGGAACCUUUGUUUGAUGUGUGUGACACAUUACGUGGUUUACUUCAAGUAGCUACAGGAACCUUACUCACACUCAAGAUACACAAAGAUAAGAUGUUAGCUGCACUGAGUCCAGAUAUGCUGGCCACAGACCUGGCUUAUUACCUUGUGCGGAAAGGGGUCCCCUUCCGUGAAGCUCACAGUUUGUCCGGUGAGACAGUUCAGGUCGCAGAAACCAAGGGCUGCCUUCUGAAUGAACUCACUUUGGAUGACUUGAAGAAAGUCAGUCCACUGUUUGACAAGGAUGUGAAUGAAGUGUGGGACUAUGAACAUAGUGUGGAACAAUAUUCUGCAGAAGGAGGAACAGGUAAGAGCUCUGUAGGAGGACAGAUUAACAAACUGCAACAAUGGAUGGAUUAUUACGGAGAGAAUCAACUAACAGCUGAAUGAUACUAACGUCACAACCAUUAUUUGAACGACGAGGCCCUCCUCUUCUUUGUUGGCGCGGAAAGGGAAGCAAAGAAAGCUGACCAAGAUACAUGAAAAAUAGAAACUGAAAAAAAACACAAACAAACAAAAUGACCAAACGAGAUAUUUAGCUAGAGUUCCGCAAAUAGUUAACUUAUUACUCUAUUUGGGAAAAAUUCAAGUAUUAUAUUGUAAUAAAUGGGGUAGUCAUUCAUCUUGGUGAAUUAGAAUGUUACACGGUUCCACACCUGGCUACCUGCAUUACUAGCCUACUGGGCUACUGAUUUCUAAAAUCUACUAGCCCGAAACACAACUUGGUAGCCCGGAUCAAUUUCCCUCGAGGUCUACUUCAACCCCAAACACACAAACCUUCCUCUAAAGUUGUUGGCAUGGUCUUUUAAUAUAGUAAACAAUAGUACAAAUGCUUCAAGUGCGAGGCGAUCGUGCGAGGCGAUGUGCAAGGCAUCGCAACAUUGGUAAGCGCAGAGCCUGGGAUCUAGCGAUAUUUACGAUCGGACGCAAGACAAAAAAAGACGCCAGUAGAUGAAAGGUUUAUGUCUUCUUUAUUGGUAUUAUCAUUAAAGUUCAAAUUUGAACUUUAUUGUUUUGUUUUUUAAUUAACUGUGAACUUCAAGUAAACUAAUUAUUAUUUCUUUCAAUUUUUCUACUAGCCAGCGGGCUAUUAAACGUGUUUUUUUUACUAGCCCGACCAAAUUUAUACUAGCCUCGGGCUACCGGGCUAGUGGAGGUGUCGAACCCUGAAUAAUAGUAAAGUAUUAUCGUUUGGGUCAUAACGUAGUCAGUUCCGAUGUGAACCAGCUCGUUAGAAGUGACUACAUCGCGAAACAAACGGCAGUUAUUUUAUUAUUUGUAAUAACUUUAUGUCAUUUAGAUAUUUCUUUCUUUAAAUGGUCUUAGCCUUUCAAAUUACUGGCUUCGGAAGCAAACUUUUAAGUGUAAAUAAUGUUGUAGUGAUUUCAUCAGUUUUUUGACAUUACGUAGAAAAGUGUUGAGAACUCAAAAUAAAGCUCAAAUAGCAGUUAAAAUCUUGGA